GAGACAACGCGUGCGCAACACGCGUUCAUUGCCUGAACCAAAACCGAUGCGAUCGCGAACACGACGUUUUGUCCCCUAAUCUUUUUGUUCUUCAAUUUCUUUAAAUGGAAGUAUUGAGGGCACACCUCAUUUCCCAUUGUUGCGAUUCUCUUUAACAUGCUGUGAAUAUUCUUUGUUAAUUUACAAUACGAGUGUUAGUUCUACUUUCGUAAAUUUAAAUAAAACAAAUCCUCUGUGAAUAUAAAUUUUAAACGCUUCAUUACUUGCUAUAUUUGAUACGGAUCUCAGGACUUACAUGAGAACGCUACCAUCCUGGUGAUGAACAAUGUAUAAACAGAAAUUUAUUAUUCUGGUGAUCGUGUACAGCGCCUUUGCUGCUCUUGAUGGAUACAGCUCCCAGCAGGACCCUGACCAGUUCCACAUACAAACAGAUGAAGAUGAUGAACGAUAUUUCCUAUACCAGACUCACAACGGCCAAUACCGCAAGGAAAGAAGGUUAAAGGACGGAUCUGUUGUUGGAACUACUGGUUGGGUUGGAGCUGAUGGAUUCUUGAGACUUCAAGAUUAUAUAGCUGACGGUCAAGGAUAUAGAAUUUAUAAAUCUAAAACGGUUUACGUGGGAGAAAAUCGUUCCAUUGGAGAGUCUCUGAAAAUAGCUAAAACAGCACCUACAGACUCUGGUUUUCAUAUUACUCCAGCCCCAGCACCUAAUCCUCAUCGAGGAACACCAUUAUUUACCACCACAACCAAAGCACCUUCUAUCGUUUCUUCCACAUUAAACCCACAGAGUAUUUACCCAUCAGAAAUUUCUAUAACACCGUCGACUCCUACCUACCCAAGUUCAACCUUUAUUCCUAAAGUAGAGGUAUCUCCAAAUUCCAUAGAUACUACUUCUAAAUUUAACCCAAAACCGACAGUUCCACCUAUCACUGCAGAAGAGGCUUCUCCAUCGCCCAAUCCAUAUGAUUAUGACAUAUCUAAUACAAACACUCUCGAUGGAUACUAUGGUAGCGAUAGCUCCCCUAAGGGCCGUUUUGACUUAUACAACCCUAACUCCUAUAGACACGCUGAUGAUUGGACUAGAAGGCAGCGUCCUGGGAUUUAUUUGGGAGAUGGUUACACCCCACAAUUUUCGGGAUAUGAUGGGGUAGCUUUUCGAAGGAACGGUUUUAGAUAUUAUCUUCCAAAACAAUAUCACGAGGAAGAAACCCAUAACGAUAAUGAGAGAGCUGGCAGUUUUGGUUACAUUGAUCCAUUUGGUAUUCGCAGAGUAAUAUAUUAUAAUACAGCUCCAGGUGAAGGAUUUCAAAUUAGAAAAAACAACAGAUAUGUUGGACAUGACGCGACCCCGUAUGAUCCCCGUCCUGUGAAAUGAAGUGUGUUGAAGUUACCACCUGUGUGUUGAAGUUACCACCUGCUAAACAGUAUUCUUAAACAGUUAAUGGAUAUAAAAAUAUUAGGACUGUCAAAACGAUUGAUCUUCGAACGAAACCUUUAAAGAUAAUGAUUUAUAUUGUAAAUAACCAUAAUUUUAUUAAGGCAUAACCUACUGUAAUAAUUAACAAAGGAAAUAUACUAUAACAAAAUUAAAAUUAAUCCUUUAUGAAUAGAAAAGGGGAAAAGAAAUAUUUAUUUUAAGAAUAUUAGCUACAGAACAAAAAACUUAUAAAUAAAUUAUUUUUUAUACAGAUAAGGUAUAGUAAUGCACACUGAUAUAUAAUUGUUUAAUGGAGUUUUUGUAAUCGAGUAUUUUACGUUUUUUAUAAAACAAUAUUUUUAUUUAAACAUUGAAAAAAAAGUUGCAAUUUAUAUAUCGUUAACAAAAUUUGUGAGCAUUUGUCUCAGUAACUAAAUUUUCAGAUCAAUUUCAUAAAAAAAAAAAUUACAGUUAGGUAUACAAAAAAGGACAUUUGUAGAAAAUAUUUACAACUUCGGACCAUUGAACUUGACUAUUAAUACAAGAUCAAACUCUUGAUUGGCAUUAUGCGUAGGCAAGUCAUGAACAAGUUUUUGUUACCUUAUAGGCUUAUGCUAUUAAGAAAUAUUAUGUAAAUUGUUCAAAACAUAUGUAAAUAAACUCUAUAUUUCUUAAACAUAAUGUGAAAGUUUUGGCUAAUGAAUUGUCAUUUUUAUGAAUCAUAUUUUAAACAGAAAAUGACUUCUCGUUGCCAUAACUGGUAGUGGGAUUUAUUUAUAACUAAUUUAAAAAGUUAGUUCUAAAUAUUUUAGUUGUAGUUGUAACUUUCUAAGUAACAAAAUAAAUUUAUCAUAAAACACUAUUUAUUGCAAUUGGUAAUUGUAUUUAUUAUCCAUUAAAUCGAAAUAUAUAAUGAAAUUACUAAACAUA